CUGGAAGCUCGACGGUACCAAUAGGCAAAAACGGGGGGGGGGGCUUCCAAAACUAUUGAACUGCUUCAGCCUACAAAAUAACUGUGGACCCUCUUCUAGGGCUAGCAGGUAUAACUUCAGAAAUCAAAACUUAAUCCAGUACCCGGACUCAGUGAACGGCUUCUGUCACGCGAGCAUGCGUGGCCCGACAUCGUGGCGUUGUUCCUACCCCAGGGCGCAGUGGAGCAGUCUGUAUUUGAAUAAUACCGUGUCCAGCGCGGCGAAGGGAGCGGGGCGGGGCUGGUUGUCCCUUCCCUCCGGCACCUGCGAGAGGAGCAGCGGCUCGGCCGUGAUUUAUUUCAGCGCCUAGCGGAGCCUCCGCUCAGCGCGAUGAGAAGUGCUGCUACUGACACUUGAAGCACCCGAGUUGCGUCAACUUCUCAGAUCUUUUUGAAGAUACGCGUCUGGUUGAAAACGGCUGUGACCGAGAUCGGAGAGCAACAUGGAGCCCCGGUCUCAGAGUCCUGAGAUCGGAGCGGAGAUCUCCAGCUUCGGAGACCUGUCCAUUUCUCACAAGGUGGAUCCUUCCAAGAAGAGCCCCGCGGUUUCAGCUGAAAGCGGUGGCUACCCGGACUACGUCUACGUCCACGCCGCGGCCAUCUUCUUCACCAUCCACGUGGAGAAACCCGUUGACCGAAGGCUGGUGAGGUACGGCGACCAGAUCAGCUUCUCGGUGCCUGAAGCGAAGAAUGAAAUCGCUCAGCAUUAUGCUCAUGAGCUGGCCUUCAACGCGCUGAAAUAUCAGGACUUACUUGAAGACAUAAUGAUUGACAGCUGCUUUUACCUGUCUCAAUCAAUUCCUGACGACCUGACCAGCCUGGUGGUGGUCAUGCUGUACGACUUCCAGGAUCGCAAAUUCCUGCCGCGAGCAUGCCCCGAGGAAGAGGAGAUUGAGGAAGUGAGAGACGUGGAAAAGUGUCUUCUGAGAUACAGGACUAAACUUGCUGCUGCCCUGGCUCGAUGUCGAAUUAAACACAAUCUUCUGACCAUUGACUACAUUCUACCAGAGUCUGUGCGAAAAAAGCAAGAGAGAGCCAGCACUCUCCCCCUGUAUGCCUGGGUAAACACAAUGAAAACCAGCCUUGAAGAUGUGUGCUGCACCUUGGAGAAAGAGGGAUUUUCUGAGGUGAAAUCAAUCUCCCAGCUCGGAGGAUUAACUUUCUGCCUGGACCCUCACUGUCAGGAUUUGUUAGUUUUUCCUCCACACCUCAAAGCUGACCUUUACAGGACAAAGCUCUUAACGGAGUACAAGCUCAUUAUUCAGGAUAAGUCCCGCAGUCUGGCUGCUCACUCUGUGAAGGCCUUGCUGACCGACGACGACGAUGUCAUCAUGGCGAACCUGACCUCUGGCUACACCAUUGCCCACAUGGCAGCUCUGAGCACGCUGAGCACGGGCAGAGUGUGGGUGUGUGGAGUGAGCCAGGCCAGAGAAGAGCUGCAGGAGAUCCUCUCACACAUGGAGUGCAAGAAUGUAAAGCUUCUCCCUGAGAGUUUUACAGAUAUCGAGCCCACAGACCCACGGCUACAGAAGGCUAAAGUCAUCCUGGUGAUGCCUCAGUGCUCAGCGACAGGUGUUAGCAACCCAGUGGAGUUCAUCUUGAAUGACAGCGGAGAUGCUGGACUGCUGCAGGACCUGUGUCAGGGGUCCAUAUCUGAAGAUAAGCUGAACACCCUGGUCAGGCAGCAGCUUCAGGACCUCAUACACGCUGUGAAGUUUCCUAAGGCGCAGGCCGUGGUGUACUGCACGUGCUCGGUGCACCCGGAGGAGAACGAGGGGGUGGUGAGGAAAGCCCUGCUGUUCAAACCAGAGGGCACCAAGGCGCAGCCUUACAGACUUAGCCCUCCCGUCCUGCCUCUGUGCUGCAUGUCAGAGGUCGACAACGCCAGAGAAAACUACUUCAGGCUGGGGCCAUGCGAGAGGGCCAAUGGCUGUUUCAUCGCCGUGCUGACGAGAGAGGACAGCUCACAGACGGUCACUGUCAAGGACGUAUUGGCUCGGGCUGCAGCGAAAGGACUGCUGGAAGGCAUCGAUACGGGGAAGCCGGCGAAGAAGGAGCGGAGGAAGGCCAAGGCCUCCGUGCUGCCCUCCUCCUCGGCCAGCGCCAGCCAGGCCCGGAUCGCGGAGUUCCUCAGCCGAGAGCGGAAGACGACCUCCUCUUCCUCCUCCCUCCUCCUCCCCGCCAAGGCGUGCACCAGCAGCCACGCCCUGCUCCGGGCCGGCCAGCGCGCGCGGACCCCCAAGCCCACCCCCUCCAGCCUCCCCGCCAAGAAGAACGGGAGCAAGCCGCCCCCGGCCGGCCGGCCGCCCGAGAGACGAGCCCACCCCCCCAGGGCCCGGCCGGAGGAGAGGGCGUCCGCGCUGAAGCCGGUGGAGCUGGUCCUCCCGCCCGUCAUGUUCCCGGGCUGCGGCCAAAGCCGGAGCCCGCUCCCUCUCUCGUUCUUCCGGUGGAAGGGAACCAGCGGCCACUCCCAGACCUCCCUCAGCCCGUCCUCCCUGAGCGUCAGCCGCCACAGGGAGGCGCUCCGGUCCGGGGUGGUCCUGCAUCCGCGGCCCUGGCUGUGACAGUGCGAAGGCUGGCGAUCAGGACCCGGGACGCUGGCUAUUCCAGAGACUCUUCCCUACUUUAUUUCACAGCUGCAUUAAAGUAUUCUGCACCGGAGAGCACGAUGGAUUCUUUCGUAUUUGCGGUCUACGAUUUUAGCAGUGUUGAACCUAAAAAGUUAGGUACAGCAGCAUCAGGCAUUGUCCUUCUGCUGAUCGAUGUGUGCACAUCUGGGUCUGGCUUAACAGACUGCAGUGGGUAUCCCAGAGAGCUUUUUACAUGUCACAGUAUACUGUAUUUCGUGUUUUAUUGAUUAAAAUGUAAUCGGUGUUAAUAGCA